AGUUUAUUUGGAUUCUGUUACAGAUUUGCUUCUUUGUUGUGAUUGCAGAAAUGACAAGAAGAAGAUGGUCAUGGAUGAAUGAGUUGCUGCCAUUUGUAGCUAUGCUAAUGACAACAUGUUUGGAUAUGGGUGCGUUGACAUUAGUCAAAGCUGCUAUGGAUGGUGGUUUGUCCAUCAUCGUCUAUAUUGUUUACCAUAGUGCUCUUGGAACAUUCAUCCUUCUUCCUUUUUUCAUCAUUCAUAUUUACAGAAACAUUGGGCGUCCGCAAUUGACUUUUCAUAUUAUGUUAAGGUUCUUCAUCCUUGGCCUUCUAGGACUUUGUCUAUACCAGAUACUUGGAUAUGUAGGUGUUUACUACAGCUCUCCAACCAUGGCAAGUGCAUUGGGGAACUUGACUCCUGCAAUAACAUUUGUCACUUCAAUCAUUUUCAGGAUGGAGAAAAUAGACAUGAGAAGCUCUGUCAGUGUUGCAAAACUAUCGGGUACCAUAAUAACGAUAUGUGGAGCGAUGGUGUUCACAUUCUAUCAAGGCCCUCAACUUUUUGUGACGAUCCGGUCCCCUGGUUCACCUGAUGAUCAAAUUCUUUUGUCACAACCAUCGAAUUGGGUAUUCGGAGGUCUAAUGAUUUUCAUCGGUGGAACAUUUGGUUGCAUAUGGAACGUUUUACAAUCAGCAAUAGCUAAAGAGUUCCCGGAUCAAUUCACCAUUGUCUUUUUCUUCUGCCUCUUUGGGACGAUACAAUGUACAGCUCUAUCUCCUUUCCUAGAACCAAAUCCAAGUGCUUGGUUGGUGCAAUCCGGAAUUGGGACGAUUGCUGUUGUUUUUGGGGCAGUGUAUUCUGUUGGUAUUCGAAUUAGUAUUCUCACUUGGUGCUUGGAGAAGAAAGGGCCCGUUUAUGUGGCCAUGUUUUCACCACUCUCCAUAGUUAUCGCGAUCAUCAUGGGUGUCACAUUUCUUGGUGAUGCACUUCAUAUAGGAAGUGCUAUUGGAGCAGUGAUAAUUAUUGCAGGAUUUUAUGUUGUGAUGUGGGGGCAGGUACAAGAGAAGAACAAAUUAGAGGAUAAGCAUUUGGAUGUUGCAAAUGAAUCUGGACUGUCAGACCAAACUGCUCCUCUCCUUUUUCCUUAAAUGAAUCAACAUGUUAGUAUGUAAUGGAACUCAGACCAUCAACUAAUUUGUAAGCAGAUAGACUAUUGAAAUGAAAACUAGUAAUUUAAGAUAAAAAAGAUAAAUAAAUAAAAUUUAAUCUUGUAA